AUGAGAAGUGGUGAAGAAAAAAGAAACCUGCUGAAGAAUGAGAGCAGAGUUCAGGUGGAGAGAGACGGAACCAGGAAGACCGGAGUCCUGAAGAGGUUGGGAGGACGCUCCGGCGUCGGCAGAGGGUUGAACCUCCGGGCGGAGCUCCGGGCUCACCUGGCGGAGGCCGGCUGGAGCCUGGCGGCGUUCGUCUCCGGGCUGGGCCUGGCGUCUCUGUACGGCCUCACGGCUCUGGUGCUGCAGCAGCAGCCGCUCUGGUUCUGCGUCUACACCACGGUGACGCUGGCCGGCCUGGCCGCCGUCGGCAUGGGGCUGUCGGCCGGGGUCCGGGCCGACGUCAUGGUGAUGCUGCCCUCCAUGUGCUCAGCCCGCGGCCGGAGCUUCCUGCUGCUCUUGUUCAUGUCGGUUCUGCUGUCCGGCCCGGUGAGCAACACGCUGCAGAACACGGACCGGGUCGCCUCCAGCCUGCUGUGUGGAGCCGAGCUGGCGGCCAAUCAGACGCAGGAGCUGCUGCAGCGGGCAGCCACGCCCCUUUUCUCCGUGCUGGACGACAUCAGGGAGAUCAGCCGGAACGCUCACGCUGUGGCCGGAAGAGUCCGGAACUUCAUCACUGCUCUGGAAGAAAGUGUCCGCCACGUCGCUCGCACCCUGAGGAACGUCCUGCACUUCCUGGUGGACAUCGGAGACGUCUGCAACGCUAAGCUGGGGACGCCGUACAGGAAGUGCCGGCAGGUUUUCACGGAGGCGCGGAGCGACUGCAGAGACCUGCUGGGAGACUUCAGCUUCCUGUGUGACGUCGUGAGCAGCUUCAUGCCGCUCUGCCAGCUGGCCCGCGCCGGGGAGUUGUUCUGCACCAUCCCCUCCUACAUCGCCCAGCACCUGAAGCAACGGCUGGCAGAUCCCACGGUUGCAGCGUUCAGGAAGAUGAUGGAGCAGUUUGAGUUCAACAUCUCGGCCUCGGUGAACCUGGACCUAGACGCCAACAGCAGCCGCUCCCUGAGACAGGUUUCCCAGGACAUCAUGAGGGAAGUUUCCUCAGACCUGCAGAUGUUUCAGUGGCUGAGCGAGCCGCUCGUCUACAGCUCCCUCUUCCUGCUCGGCUGGAGCUUCCUCAGGGCGGUUCUCUACAGACGCCGCUACCUGCGGACCCUCAGCUUUGACAACGUUUACAUCACCGCUCAGUUCCAGGAGUUGGACCAGCAGCUCAGCUCCGGGGGCGGAGCCUCCGUCCUCCCGCUCUCACGCAGAGAGAGACAGACCUACAUCUCACCACUGUCGUUCCAGCUGUCGGGCGCGGAGCGGCGGUCGGUGGUGAAGGGCGUGGCCUCCGUCCUCCGACACCUGCUGAUGGGCGUCCUGCUGGUGGGACUGGACUUCCUGCUGUUCUGGAUCCUGGACCAGGUCCAGCACCAGCUGAAGGGGGACGUGGUGGCCCGAGCUCCGGUGCUGCUGGCGGUCCAGGUGGACGGGUCCGGUUACGCCUCAGACGUCUUCAGGGACCUGGUGUCCUCGUUCAACGUCCUGCAGGGAGGAAAUGUCACCGUGAUCAGCAGGAAGUGUCUGCUGGAGCCGUCGGAGCCGGACUACACCGCCUGUUUCCUGCUCGGUUUCCUGCUGGGUCUGGCUCUGCUCGUGUCCCUGACCGGAGGAUUGGUCCAGCGCUGCAGACGCCUGGUCUGUGCGUUCUACCACCCGGAGAGGGAGCAGGAGAGGAUCCUCUUCCUCCACCAGCAGAUCCUGGACCAGAGGACGGCGCUGGGCCGAGCGCUGAGGAGGAGUGUGGUCAGAAACCAGGCCGACCGGGAGGACGACGGAGGAGGAGGAGGAGGAGGAGGAGAGAGUCUGCUCCAAACCCUGCUGACGCGGUUCCCUGGAGCAGCUCACCUGUCCCGCCUGCUGGGCCCGUCCUCCGGCCUCACCUGUCUGGCCUGCGGUGAAGAGCUGAGAGCUGAGGACGCCGACACGGUCACCUGUGACGUCCCGCGCUGCUCAGGGUCCUACUGCCAGCCGUGUUUCCUCAGCCUGGGCAGGACGUGCGGCGUCUGCCUGCGACCUCUGACCUUCCAGGAGGACGGAGACGAGGAGUUUGAGUUAGACAUGACGUACCAGGACCGGUCCGGUUCAGACUCUGACUCCGACAGCGACACCACCUUCCACUCCGCCCUGAGUGAAGCUCUGGACUCGGUCCUGGUGCACCGGCCCGGUGACCCGGUCCAUGCCCCGCCCCUUUAGGCCCCGCCCCAUUACCCCUCCAGGCCACGCCCCUUUAGGCCAGGCC